AACAUGGCAGGGAAGAGUUGGGGAGAGAAAGUCUCAGACAAGGUGUACUCUCUCUACAACUCUCUCCCGAAGAAAGGAAAACCUCAGGGCCGCGAAGUCACCGUCUUGGCCGCUUUUCUGCUCUCUUCUCCUUCCCAAGACCUGGAAGUUGUGGCAUUGGGAACUGGGACCAAGUGUCUUGGGCGCUCGCUCUUGAACCCGCGCGGCGACGCUGUCAAUGACUCGCACGCUGAAAUUAUUGCACGGCGGGCUUUAUUGAGGUUUUUCUAUGCACAGAUUCAAUGUCUAACUCGUUUUUACAAUAAGCAAAAGGAUGUUGAUGGAAGCAACGAGCUGCAAGGUGGUGAUGUCAACAACUUUCCCUUCCAACCAGACCCAGAUAGUCUUGGGCAGGGAAAAUAUUCGAUGAAACCCGGUUGGCAAUUACAUCUCUACAUAUCACAACUACCAUGUGGGGAAGCUUCGCUGAGUUGUCCAUUGUCUCCUCUUGAAAGUAAUCUGCCAAGAGAAAUGGAUUCACGAUCGCAUAUCGGCGAUGUUAACAGUUCCAUGAGUGAACCUCCGGAGGCUUCGGUAGAGAAUAAUGAUGAUGCUUCACAACUCAUUGGCUCGGUUCAGAGAAAGCCUGGUCGUGGUGAUUCAACAUUGUCAGUUAGCUGCUCUGACAAGAUAGCUCGUUGGAAUGUUGUAGGAGUUCAAGGAGCUCUGCUUUCCUACUUCCUUCAACCUGUUUACCUUUCUUCUGUUACUGUUGGGAGAUCCCCUAGCAGUCCUGAAACGUUUCUCUUAGAGGAUUGCUUGAAAAGAGCUUUAUAUGAUCGAAUCCAACCAUUGUUGAACAAGCUAAUGAGUCCCUUUCAGGUGAACCAGCCAAUAUUCUCGGCUGCCCCAGUACCACCAAAAGAGUUCCAGCAUGCUGAGUCAGCUUUGAGCACUUUGACAUGCGGGUAUUCAAUAUGUUGGAAUAAGUCUGGCUUGCAUGAAGUCAUUCUUGGAACCACAGGAAGAAAGCAAGGCGCCUCCGCCAAAGGAGCACUUUAUCCAUCUACUGAGUCCUCUCUAUGCAAAAAGCGGUUAUUGGAGAUUUUCUUGUCACUAGGACAUGAAUGCCAAAUGAAAUACCCAUCCAAUGAGAUUUCUUAUCGAGCACUCAAGGAAAGGGCUCAGGAAUACAUUUUUGCUUCAAAAAUUUUCAAAGCAAGUCCACCUUUUAGCAAUUGGCUAUUGAAACCGGUAGACUACGAGGCCUUCUCCGUUUUCAGAUAGCAAGGUUAGAUAAGGAAGCAGUAGUCUGGAGCUCCUUUGAAGGGCAUGAUGAUUAAGCUGUUAUUACUGCUCUUUACGGCUUAUUUGUUGCCAUGAUGGGGACCAGUCCUGCAUAUAGAAAUCCUCAUGGUGUAAAUGUUCAUCCAUGCUGAUAUCUGUCAUCUGCCCAUGAUGUGGACAAGUCCGAGGCAUGUGUAAGAUUUCAACAGGGCCUAUUUUGGGAGGGGUCACCUUUAACAGGUUAAAAAUAUCAGAAUUAGUUUGAUUAUUGGACAAUUUGACUGAUUUUUGGAAGGGUUUUGGAUAUCUUACUAACAAUAUUACGCUGGACUUGGAGAAAAACCGCUUGAAAUUUAUGGGAGAGAUUUCAAAUGAAAUAGAGAGGAGCCAUUUUACUUCCUACUA